AUGUACGAUAUCGAAGCAAAUAACACUGCAAAACUAUGCAAGAACCUAUUCUGCGACUAUCCUGUUAAGAAAUCUCAAGCACAUACUUUCUACUUUGAACCAGUACUUCAUAGACACUUUAUGAAAGGAUAUAACAGAGUGUCAUAUGAAUCAGAUGCAGAUUUAUUCUAUGUACCUAUAUAUUUAGGCUUAUUUAACAUGCAAAGAGAAAAAUGCGACUUUGAUCGCUGCGUAUUACCCCUUGUUAGAAGUCAAGGAGACUACUACGAUCGUUUUGGUUCAGUUGACCAUGUUUUUGUUCAGAUGUUGUUUUCACACAACAAUGUUCCAUUUACACAGCAUCAUCAGAAAGUGAUUGUUGCACAAACAACAAUAGGAGACAUCAACUGGAACUUGAGCAUUUUCGAACCGCGCCAAAUGACAAGAUUUACAGUAAUGCCUUACAAUUCAAACUUCGAUUUCUAUGAAAGUUCAUCAAAACAAUGCAUUACUGCCUUUCUAACCGGCCAGAUGACAAUUGCUUCAUUUGAUAAGCGUGCACGCAAUAUCAGACAAGCUUUGAAAGAAGAAAUGCGAAAUACAAAGAACACUGCUGUGAUUGAAACAAAGCGAAAGAGUCAUUUCAUAGCAGCAGAAUAUUUUCAGAUCGAAUCUCUUAUGCGAAACAGCGAAUUUUGUCCUGUUCCUCAUGGAGACGGUCCACAAUCAAAACGCCUUUACGAUUCGAUGCGAACAGGCUGCAUCCCUAUAGUCUUAUCUGAUGAAAUACGAUUUCCUUUCGAAAGUACUUUCGUUGACUAUAAAAACGUUUUGAUUCAUAUUCCUCAAUACGAACCACAAAGAAUAAGAGACGCUUUCGCUGUUGCUAAUAAGAAACUAAGAGAUAGAAUGAGACGAAGACACAAAGAACUUGAUAGAUUACUAACUGUUGACGAAAACUUAGAUACUGUUCAAGGAGGCAUUAUAUGGGCAUGGAAGUGGAUGCAAUUUUUCAAGGCAGCUACAAUUGCAUCUUCGAAACGAUGCGAUCUUCUACACUCAAAAUAUUUAUAA